UGGCUGCAGUAAUACACGAACUUGUUUCCAUCUGGCCUCACUGCAGGAUUGUUCAUGGGCGUCCGCGACACCCACAGAGCCAAGGUAGUGUCGAAAGGUCAAAUGCGGACGUUGAAAACAUGUUAAGAGCCUGGAUGAUCGAUAAUGAUUCGAUAAAUUGGAGUCGUGGUUGCUACGAAGUACAAUGGCAAAAGAAUACAUCGCGACAUAGAGUCAUAAACAGGAGCCCGUACGAAGCUCUACUUGGACCGAUAAAAAGCGGCAUAAGAAAUACAUCUUUGCCUGAUGAAAUUUUAAAUUCGCUUCAGACAGAGGAAGACUUGGAGCAAGCUCUGGAGGAGCAGAAUGUACAAUUGAACGCGAGUGUUGAGCAGUGCGAAGACGUAAGCAAGAAAAAAAGAAUGCGAGAGGAUGAAGAAGAGGAAAGAGAGGGACCACAGAAGAAGCGACAGGUAGACGACUCGAGCAGUAUACUUUGCACAAAGUGCAAAAUGGAAAUGCAUAGCGACCGCGGACAGAUUGCUAUCUGUUCAUUGUGCGCUAGGGGCAAACAGCUACUUGACACUCGGUCAAAUUGUUUCGAGCGUCAAACGACAGAGGCCGAAAAAAUGGUUACCUGUUCGAGUAUCACUUUUCCACCCCUUCAGAUCAAUGACACCAUUACAUUAUCUGUUCCCACUGUUGACCGUGGGCCUCUCGAUUUUAAUAACAUAUUUGGCGUUGUAACUGAUACCAAAAAUGACGUAUAUCAAAUUGGAACUAAGGAUGGGAUAUUGAAAGGAUGGUUCCCCCGUAUUGAAAUUGCAAAAUCGGGCACUAAUCUUAUUACCAUGGCUGACGUUCCAAAAAAUGUUCUUCUUACUUUGAGGGAAGCUGCUGCAAAGCAGUCGGCAAGUGGUGGACAGGGAUAUAAAAAAUGCAAUUGCAAAAUUGCUAAAAAUCAGUGUUAG